AUGGAGGCCGAGGAAGCAGCAGCGAAGGCGGUGCUGCGGACCCCCAAGUGCUCCCGGUGCCGCAACCACGGCUUCGUGGUGCCGGUGAAGGGCCACGCCGGGCACUGCCGCUGGAAGCUGUGCCUCUGCGACAAGUGCGCCCUCAUCACCGAGCGCCAGAAGAUCAUGGCGGCCCAGAAGGCGCUGCGGCAGCAGGCGCCCGACUCCCCGGCUGGGGAGCCUGCCGGCCCCACGCCGCCGGGUGACGGUCCCGCUGCGGCCCCCGCCGCCCCCGAGCAGGGCGGCCCGGCAGCCGGCCGCGAGGCGACCAAGGGCAUCCCGGCGGCCAGUGGCAGCGGCAAGGGCAUGGCGCGCCGGGGACCGCCACCGCCUCCUGGCAGCACUCCCCUCUGGGACUACGCUCACCGUGCUUUUCCUCCAGAAUACAUGGUUAACUCAGAAUACUUGGAGAGAGAACCUCUGAAGGUGUACCCUGGGCGUUCUGGGGUGUAUCCUUACCACCCAUUUCCCAUGGGAUUUGCCAUCAAUCAAUCAGGCUGUAGGCGAGCACCAUCACCUCCAGGGAUAUCACUUCAAAGAGGUUUCCGACACAUUCCUAGCACCUAUGGGCCAGGGAGUGCAGCUUCUCUGUCAAUUGCAGAUGGAGGUGGAGAUUUCCAUCAAGGAUAUUACACUCCUCUACCUCAGUUUAUUCCGCCAAGUUUCCUGCCAGGGAUUCAUUACAUUCCACCUCCCCUUCCACUCAAUGUGUUGGCUGAAACAACCAAGGAAACACAUGCUACAGCAGCUGACAGCCAGGAUUCAGGGGUGGUUUGUGAACCUGGCCAACCAUCUUCCCCUGAAGAAACGAACAGAGACCAAACUGUAUACUCUAAACAUUAA